AUGCCGCACACCAACUACACCGGACGCCUGACAAAGGCCAAAAAAAAAGAGUCUGACAGAAAAGAAACUGGAGGGGGGCCUCCAACUGUAUUAACCACCGUGGAAGACCUGGUCAUAGAUGGCAUCCGCGACAAGCCACAGCUGAUUGGCAUUCCGGGUGGCAUUGAUUCAGGCGUGGCUGAUGUUGCUGAGAUGGCAGACACUGAUGAAGCCUCAGCCAAGUGUACACUAACUGUUGCUGAGUGUACAUCAAAGCCUGCAACUGCCUCGAAUGUAGCCACUUCUUCAACAUCAAGACCAUCAAAAGAAUCGUUGAAAAAGAGAAAGAGAAACAGAUGCUAUGAAGAAGAGCUACUUGAGCUGGAAACAAGACGUGCACAGGCUGAGUUGGACCUGCUGUUGCAGAGGCAACAGCAGGAAAAACAGCUACAUGAUCUUAGAAUUAAGGUGAUCACAGAGGCUGCAGAGCAAGAGAGACAACUUUUUACUUUAAAAAAAGAGUUGUUAAACUCAAAUAUAAAGUCUGCAAUGGAUCAAGGCCUUCUUUUGUUUGAAUCUUAA